AUGAACGUAGCAACACCUAUCACCCUAGUGGUGAUAGUGUAUCUCGUUACCAUCCUUGAUGCCACGUAUCUUGAUCGCCCACUUUGGGUAGUAGAUAAAGGUAGACAGCAGUCUCCACCGUACGCUAACGAAGAAUCACAUCUUGGUCAAUUUCAAGCGGGAAAUAAACAGCCCUGGAUAGUACCGGAACCAUACUAUCCGCAGCGCUUCGGACCAACGAAUCAGGAGUGGAUGGAAAAUCAGCAACACCCACAGGAAGCACCGAAUGCAGCUCUAUUGGUUCGUGAAGAGCGUCCUCCAUUAGACAGCUUCAUUCCAAGUCAAGGGAACGACGGAUGGAACCUGCCAGAUACGGCAAGGAUGAACCAACAGCAGCAGCAGCAUUAUAAAAAACCUUUAAUCUCGCUGAAGCCCCAAGCACAUUCUGAGCCCGAACGGUACGAGGUAGAUGGUAAACAGGGAUGGAAUUGGGACCCUAAGCCCGAAAACUCUCAGCCAAACAAUUAUCAACCACAGUUCCAAACUCAAGCACAGUAUCAACCAUACAAAACGGAUUCAUAUCAAUCUAAUCCUGAAGUUCAGGCUAAGCCCGAAAACGCACAGUCAAACAAUUAUCAACCCCAAAUCCAAACUCCAGAAAAGUAUCAACUGUAUUGGACGGAUUUGUAUCAACCUAAUUCUGAAGUUGAGGCUAAGCCCGAUAAUUCACAGCUAAACAAUUAUCAACCUCAGGUCCAAACUCCAGAAAUGUAUCAACCAUAUAGGACGGAUUUGAAUCAACCUGAAGUUGAGGUUAAGCCUGAUAAUUCACAGCCAAACAAUUAUCAACCACAGUUCCAAACUCAAGAAAAGUAUCAACCAUAUAGGACGAAUUUGUAUCAACCUAAACCUGAAGUUGAGGUUAGGUCCGAUAAUUUACAGCUAAACAAUUAUCAACCACAGUUCCAACCUCAAGCACAGUAUCAACCAUACAGGACGGAGUUUUAUCAACCCAAACCUGAAGUUGAAGUUCAACCUGAAACUCCUCAACUAAACAAUUAUCAACCACAGUUUCAAACUCCAGAAAAGUAUCAACUGUUUAGGACGGAUUUGUAUCAACCUAAUCCUGAAGUUGAGGUUAAGCCCGAUAAUUCACAGUUAAACAAUUAUCAACCCCAGGUCCAAACUCCAGACAAGUAUCUAACAUUUAGAACGGAAUUUUAUCAACCCAAACCUGAAGUUGAGGUUAGGCCUGAUAAUGCACAGCCAAACAAUUAUCAAUUAUCACAGUUCCAAAUUCCAGAAAUGUAUCAACCAUAUAGGACGGAGUUUUAUCAACCCAAACCUGAAGUUGAGGCGAAGCCCGAUAAUUCACAGCUAAACAAUUAUCAACUACAGUUCCAAACUCCAGAAAUGUAUCAACCAUAUAGGACGGAUUUGUAUAUACCUAAACCUGAAGUUGAAGUUCAACCUGACACUCCUCAACUAAACAAUUAUCAACCACAGUUCCAAACUCCAGAAAAGUUUCAACUGUAUAGAAUGGAUUGGAGUCAACCUGAAAUUGAGACUAAGCCCGAAACCCCUCAACUAAACAGUUAUCAAUCACAGUUCGAAGCGCAAGAAAAGUACCAACCAUACAGGACGGAUUUAUAUCAACCAAAACCUGAAGUUGAGGUUAAACCUGAUCAACCACAGUUCCAAACUCCAGAAAAAUAUCAACCAUUUAGAACGGAUUUGAAUCAACCUAAACCUGAAGCUGAAAUCCACAUGCCGUCUAACCAACUUAAGCCGGAAACCAACCAGCCAAAUGUGGAACCAAAUGUGGAGCCAUUCUCAUCAAAUCCUGAAUACGUGCAGCAAAACUCUUCUCCAACGCGUCCUCAAGAGGUACAGCAAAGCUUUAAUCCAUACCCAUCGCGUCCUGUAGUCGAAUUGUAUCAGCCCAGCCCAUCUUUUGUAGAGCCUGCAAAUCAACAACCUACACAGCAGCCAUCGAAACCUGCAGAGAUGCCUAACAAAGUGAGGGAACCAACCAAUCAACCAGAGGAUCGGGUUGACCAAACUCCGCUUAGUAACACGGGCUACUACCCGUUGAAGUCGCAGGAAUCAUGGUAUUCGUAUCAGCAGAACCCGACGGAAGGCCUUCAAACCUCUGUACAACAAGUUGGAUCAGAUACGCGUGUGGGAGAAAGUCAGUCCAUCUAUUCAUUGCCAUCCCAGCAGGAUGAUCGCGAACCUAUCGUUGUGAAACUUAAACCCUUUGACCCGCCCGCCCAGCAACAGGAAAUUCGUAUACCAUCACAACCGCGUCCAAACCAUCCGAUGGAGCAAAUACCGGAAGAGCCAAUGUACCAGCAGAACCGUUUGCCAUCGACUGCCUGGGAAACGCCGUACAAACCACAGCAAGCUCCAGUUAUGCCAAAACCUCAACCACAACAACGUCCACCGGUAGUCGAACCUAUGUACAACCAAAGACCGCAGACGUACUACGGAACUAACGAUGACGAUGAUGAGGAAGUCGUGGGUAAGUACGAAAAACUCAUUAUGCGUUUUGAUGCACGAUGCCCACGUGAUGACGAUCCGGCCAAGCCUGUACACUUGCCGAGCGCAACCAGUUGCGUGAAGUUCCAGAAGUGCUUCAACGGAAUCGCAUAUGAGAUGAGCUGCCCGUCGGGGCUGGAAUUUGACGCUAAGAACAAUCGGUGCGAUUAUCCGGCCCGUGCUAGAUGCUCGGUUUGA